AACUGCUAUUUCAUUCUUCAAUAAGAUCAGAAGAGCGGAAGUAUUUCUAUAUUGCCUUAGAUGCAAGAACCAAGCUUUCAUAUUGCCUAUCUUGCUGUUAUUCUUUGAGGCAUCUCCUUACAGCUGCCUGUUGUUUACCCCAUUCAGAAGCAAGUCAGAGGCUGAGCUUCAGCUAUGUUGAAGAAGGUGUUGACCCUGGUGCUGGUGAGGGAUGUAGCCCAGCAACGUGUUUUGCUGGGAAUGAAAAAACGUGGCUUUGGUGCUGGAAAGUGGAAUGGCUUUGGAGGCAAGCUUGAGCCAGGCGAGACAGUUGAAGAGGCAGCCAAACGGGAGCUUCUGGAGGAGAGCUGUGUGCACGCCGAAGAGCUGCUGCCUGCUGGGCGCAUAGAGUUCGAGUUUCAGGGUGAUCCCUGCCUUCUGGAUGUACAUGUAUUCACAGUGGAAAAAUACAAGGGCAGCCCUCACGAAACCGAAGAGAUGCGCCCGCUUUGGUAUGAAGAGGGUGAAAUUCCCUUUGACAAGAUGUGGGCAGACGACAGGUUCUGGUUUCCUCUGAUGCUGGAAAAGAAGCUCUUCAAAGCACGCUUUCUCUUCAAAGGACACGAGACGAUCCUUGACCAAUCUUUACAAGUUGUUGAUGCUUUGUGACGUGAUAUGUUGCUGCGAAGUGACUAUAUGGAAUGAGCUGUAUUUGAAGCUGGCAUAUCUGUGAGUUGCAUCACGCUUUGUUCAUCCUUGCAUCUAUUACUAAACAUAUCCAUCAAAUAAAAACGUUGUAUUAAGA